UUAUUUAGUGACACAGAAUUCGCUGUUUAUGUGUUUACUACGAUUACUGAUGCGUUGAUCGCUCCACCUGUAAUACCUGAAGGAGGUUUGUAAUUUUUGUUGCUUGUGUGUUCCUCUGAGAUCAUGGAGGCUCAGCCGGCAGAGACAAGCAGCGUGAAGGGGUUAACAACUGAAACGUCUGCCUCCAGUACAUCACCAAAAGUGUUGAUAAUAGCUGCAGUGGUAUGCGGACUGAUUGCGAUGGUUGCGAUCAUCAUUGCGGCGUUUGCGCUGUCAAAACAAUCUUCCCCUAGUAUUACGAUCCAAGGCAAGCAAAGAACCUUACAGGCGCCGGCCGCACAAAGCUCGUCUGUUGGUGGAAGUCAGAAUACAAAUGUUAACACGAAACUUGCCGACAGUAACCGUAUUUGGUUGGUGGCUACUGGGCACGGUUCUGGUGCCUAUGGAUAUAUUGACAACGACGGUUUCUUGGCGGGCGCUUACACGGACAUCAUCGACGCUGUAUGCACGGAGGCGGGAAUGGACUGUCGUAUCGUUUGGGACAAGUAUUCGAACUGUUAUUUUUCAGAGCCUGGGCAGCAUUCAUUUGGGGGAAGAGGUCUUCAUGGUCGCUGGUAUGAUGCAUGCACGGGAUGGUAUGCAACCGUAGAACGCAAACACAUAUUUGCCUUCUCGAAACCUUUCUUCAAACCAACGCUUGGAUAUUUCUGGGUCAAACUCGGAAACCCCGGGAAUUUCAACCACAAUGAUAUCACAGGAAAGAAAAUAGGUUUUGUUGACGGAUGGUUUACAAACGAAAAAUGCAUGGCUAGGUGGACAAGCGUGAAGGGAAGCCUCCUCCCUAAGUCUGGCAUCGUUUACGUCGCUGACUACAACGAGAUGUAUCAAGCAAUCCAAAACAAUACGGUUGAUGCCGGGUUCGUAGCUAGUGGCUCUGGUUUGCUUUCAAACGGAACCUUGACGAGACUAUCCGACGGGUUUGGCUGCGCAACGACUGGGGCCGGGAUGAUGACUAGGAAAGACUCGGGCUUCAACAAGGCCUGGAAUGUCGGCUUUGAGAAGCUAGUUGCCAGCGGAAGGUUUAAGAAACUGUGCGACGAUGUACGGGAAAAACACAAGAACCUUGGUGAACUGUCGGAUUGCACUGAAGCGUGAACGCCGCGCCAAAGCCUCAGAUACAGUCAUAUCCUAGAUUAAGAUUUUUUACCAAUGCGAGGACAAGCAUAACGCAUCAUAUAAGAUGAGAUGGUUUUGAUAAUUUAUACUUACACAUUAGAAAAAGAAAGUUAAGUUAGAUAUUUGUGUCAUAACUUCAAGUAUUGUUAACAUGCUUCUACGAUAAAAUUAACUGUAUUUUUUUAACAAGGAGAUGGACAUUAGAUCAUUUCAGACUAUUCGGAAUAAUAAACAGGACGUAUACGUGUACAUAGUUACUAAAAAAAUUAAUUUAAAGAUUAACAACUUUUUAGACAUUUUAUAUGUGAAUGUGGCCACAUCAUUUAUUCAAAGUUCCCGUCGACAUACCCAUGCACUCAUUACCAAAAAUAGAUUAUUUAUCUUAAAAUUAAAAUAUGUCCCGGAUUCAAGUAUUUGCUGGCCUUCAGCUUAAAUAUUGCUAAUUAAUGAACGCAUGUAAAUUAAAAACUUUUAUUUUCUAAUUCAAGGUUGUCUUUGAAGAUAUCAUGUGUGAUAUGUGUGAUUUCAAAAUAAAUAAAUAUUGUGAUAUAAAUGU